CGCAGCCAUUGACGCGUCCCGAAACUCAUCGAAAUUCGAGAGAUAUAAACAUAUUCGCAAACUGUCCAAUUCGUCUGCAAGAAUAGUCGAAACAGCACCUGUUCCGAACUUAAAAAAAAAAAAGGAGAAACGGCAACAAUCGUGGAAGCCGAGACUUGAAGACUUCGACAAGAGUGACAAGGUAACGAGCGUUACGAUUCGAAGCGACGGUGUCCAAGACCAUGUAUUCGGCGAAUGCACGCGCCGGUAUUGCUCGCGCGUUUUUCGCGCACCGUGGGCUGCACGACAACGUGGAGCUGGUCGAGAGGUGCACGGAGAUCGUGAAUCGAAAUCCGCGGAACUUGGAGCGGCUGAGGAUAGCGAGGAAACCCAGCGGUUAUCAUCUCAAUAAUCCCGGGCAUUCGUACUGGCACAAAUUGUUCCUUGUUAAGAAACCGCGCUACAUUACCGCGGAAGUGCGCCACUUUGAGAAUGGACCGGUUGUUACAGCUUCCAGUGCGGAAUGGGCAUUGAAGAAACAGUUAUAUCGGACCACUGAUGGUUCAGCCUAUAUUAAUGUGGGACGAGUGUUGGCUCAACGUUGCCUGGAGGCUGGGAUCUGUGAAAUAGAGAUUGAUGCUGCGUUAACUGGAAAUAAAUGUGAAUUGUUGAUCGAAGAAUUGGAGAAGAGUAAUAUCAUUCUGACUGAGCCGCCAGUGUACAAGUAUCCAAAUUCUUGGGACAGAUACCGACCGGAAAAGCCAUGGGAGAUCCACGAAUAGUCUGCUUUGUCUCCUCUAUAUAGUAAUAUAAACAGAUUUUUAAGUGCAGAGUGAGAAACGAAGUGUGUAUGUCAUACAAACAAUGUGUGCUUCUCGGUGGAAACCAAAUAAGGUGAAACUUGGUGAGUGAUAUAAGAUAUUUUAUUAUCUUAGCAUCUAUUCACUGUGAAAUGCCGAGUUUUGUACAUUACAGUAUCUAGGAGUAAAAAUAAAUAAUUGUAUCGCUGUUAAAUAAACGUCUAUAGUCUACUAGA